AAAGAGCCAAAGAGUGAGCCACUCCACUACAGAAUGGCUGCAUGCUCACAUCCAAGGGGUCAGAGCUGAGAUGGAAAGGAUCCUGGGGACCCAGAAGAGUAUGCCCUGACUGAAAGUCCUGCCUGGAGGGCCCAAGCACCUGCCCUAAUAAAGCCUGAACAGCUGCCUGGUUGUUCCUACAUGAACCUCUCUUUGUGAACAGCUUCUCAACAUGAGCUACAGUCUCCACUUCACCUUCAUGUGUCUGAGUCUCUUCACACAAAGAAUGUGUAUCCAAGGGAACAAGUUAAAUAUUGAGGCCAGCAGAAAUGACAAGCUUUCCCUACCUGGCUUUGAGAACCUCACAGAAGGAUAUAACAAAUUCCUUAGACCCAAUUUUGGUGGAGAACCGGUUCAGAUAGCACUGACUCUGGACAUUGCAAGUAUUUCUAGUAUUUCAGAGAGUAACAUGGACUACACUGCCACCAUAUACCUCCGGCAACGCUGGACAGAUCAGCGGCUGGUAUUUGAAGGCAACAAGAGCUUCACUCUGGAUGCACGCCUUGUGGAGUUCCUGUGGGUGCCAGACACUUACAUCGUGGAGUCGAAGAAGUCCUUCCUCCAUGAAGUAACGGUGGGAAAUAGGCUCAUCCGCCUCUUCUCCAAUGGCACCGUCCUGUACGCACUCAGAAUCACAACAACAGUUGCAUGUAACAUGGAUCUGUCCAAAUACCCCAUGGACACACAGACAUGCAAGUUGCAGCUGGAGAGCUGGGGGUAUGAUGGAAAUGAUGUGGAGUUCAUCUGGCUGCGAGGGAAUGACUCUGUGCGUGGGCUGGAAAAUCUGCGACUUGCACAAUACACCAUACAACGCUAUUUCACCUUAGUCACCAGGUCACAGCAAGAGACAGGAAAUUAUACACGAUUGGUCUUGCAAUUUGAGCUUCGGAGGAAUGUCCUGUAUUUCAUUUUGGAAACCUAUGUUCCUUCCACUUUCCUGGUGGUGUUAUCCUGGAUUUCAUUUUGGAUCUCCCUUGACUCAGUUCCUGCAAGAACCUGCAUUGGAGUGACCACUGUGUUAUCAAUGACUACACUGAUGAUUGGGUCCCGCACAUCUCUUCCCAACACCAACUGCUUCAUAAAAGCCAUUGAUGUGUACCUGGGGAUCUGCUUUAGCUUCGUGUUUGGGGCCUUACUGGAAUACGCAGUUGCUCACUACAGCUCCUUACAGCAGAUGGCAGCCAAAGAUAGGGGGAAAAUGAAAGAAGCAGAAGAAGUCAACAUUGCAAACAUCAUCAACAGCUCCAUCUCCAGCUUUAAACGGAAGAUCAGCUUUGCCACCAUUGAAAUUUCCAGUGAUAAUGUCAACUAUAGCGACCUGACAAUGAAAACUAGUGACAAGUUCAAGUUUGUCUUCAGAGAAAAGAUGGGCAGGAUUGUUGACUACUUCACGAUUCAAAACCCCAGCAAUGUUGAUCGAUAUUCCAAACUCCUGUUUCCUUUGAUUUUUAUGUUAGCCAAUGUAUUUUACUGGUCAUACUACAUGUAUUUUUGAAAUGAUGUUGGAUUUUUGUGUGUCAUUGAUCUUCAGCACAACAAGGUAAUGAUGUAAAUUGUAUUUUAGGUAAAAUGUACAGUACAACCCAAUGGUGCUAGAAGUGGCUAAAAUGACAUCUAAGUAUUUUCCACAAAGAAUGAACUUGCAACCAUUAGAGAUCGAAGUUGUGUAGAAGUCCUGGCAUUGCAGGGUUUUGUAAUAGGAGCAUCAGCCCAUUCCUCUUUCACCUUUAUGAAGGACAUCCUCAUCCCAGGGUUACAAACCUACUCAGGUUGACUGUUUGCUCAGUGGCUCCCUGUUUUGCAUUUACCUCACAUAAAACAUGAGAGGAGAACAUUAUUUCUAAAUCAUACAGGAACCACUCAACAUAGUCACACAAAUUAUUUACUGAAACUCUUCAGUGCUUAUAAUAUUCAUUAUUGCCUAUUUUGGGAGCAACAUUUUCUAGUUUUUGUUUUUGAUUAAAAUGGGAUUGUGCCUGUGUCAGUUCACUGGCACUCAGCUCAAUACAACGAUGAGUUUUUAAUAGGGAGCAUUAUUUAAUACCAAAGCAAAAUUAUCCUCAAAUUCCAAUCAGUCCUAUCAUUGAAAAAUCAAAUGUAAAUGAAUAAAAAGUUAGGGGAUCAAUAAUCACUCUAAAACAUAAAUCCCUUGUUUCUAAUGUAUAAUAGAUUCCCAAGACUGGAAGGACUCUGGGGCUUUAUUUCUUUUGCUAUUAUGUGCACAUCAGUAGUAAGCAGCGCAAAAUCCUUUUCCCAUAUCAGGAAUGGAAAUGGAAGACAUUUUUUCACUUAUUCUAGGAGUCUUAAUAUGGAUUAUUGCCGUGGAGACUUACUGGAUCACAUUCAUUUUCUAGCUACCUUUACUCACAUACUGGUGAGGUACUAAAAAUACCAGCUGGACACAGUCAGAGAGUCCUCUGUUAUUUUGUCAUUUCUGAUACUCUAACAUGGAGAAACAUUUCACCAGCAGCAAAUUCCCUGCAUCCUUCAAAAAGUAGCUUUAAUCCUGUACCCUAAUGAUCAGAAGUGAUACUUAUAAGAGAAUGAGCUGCAGUUCCCAGGUAAAAGUGGCUUAAGUAGAUUUGGGCUUGCUCAGAUGCUCAAUCCUUCUAACUGGACUAUGAAUGGCUCAUCUUGCAUGCGGAGGAGAAUACUGGCCCUGAGUCCUAUUGUUCUGAAUAACAGUGGGACAUGUUGCAGAAUCUAUGCACAGGUUGUCCAAGAGCCGCCUUCUCUAAGUCCAGCAGUCUCACUCUAAUACAAGUGCGGCUGUCCCUCUGCUUCACAGCCAACCUCAGCCAAAAAGCACCAUGUGAGUGUGCCAGGAAAGGCUUCCACUUUAGCCGCAAUUAUUUUAAAGAAUCUCACUCACUUCAAUUCUUUCUUUCCUUUUCUAAUAAAGGAAAGGUUUACCCUUCUUUUCAGAAGUAAGCUGCAGCUUCAAAAAUCAUUUCUUUUCCUUGAAUUCCUAUAUCCUUAGGUUCUUGUUCUUCUGGCAUUAUGUUUAUCACAAUUCAGUUUCUAUGGGUUUGAUCACUUGAUCUUUUAACGCAAUGUUUCUAAUGGGAAGUGGGACUAAAAGAGGUAGAAUGUGGUUGAAUGGUUGAAUUAAUUUGUGAUUUUUAAAAAAGCUUAAGAAAUAUAUAUGUUAUGAAGAUUUGUUUAAACUAUUAUAUACAGAUAACUAUAAAGAUAUAAAACUGUGAAAUAAAUACACCAUAUUAGCUAUCCAAUAUAUCAAGUGAUCAUCUAUGUACUAUAUAAUAAUAUCUUGUUUGGAAAAGUACACAUUUUGUGCAAAGUUCUCCAUCUCAGGUUUCCUUCAUCCCAGAUAGUGUGCUCACAUGCACACACACACAUUCACUCAUUUCCUACACAGGAAAUAGUAAAUGCAAAAGACACAGGAGAUGUUUCUCUUUGAUAUCUCUGCACUGCCUUG